AUGAAGCUUUCAUCAAAAAGCCAAUUUCCUGUCUCCAUUUAUAAAGCAAAGAAACUUCGCAGCCUCUUGAUGAUCAACGCUAAAAAUCCUUCCCUUGGAGCCACACUACCUGACUUAUUCAAGCAGUUGACAUGCCUCAGGUCAUUGAGUUUGUCAGGUUCUUCAAUCCAAGAAAAAGAAGCACCUGCAACAUUUGGGACUGUGGUUCAAUGGAGAGAAAACAGAGUUGCGAGCUAA